AUGAGCUGGCACGACCAAUGGGCCGAAGGCGGAUUCCUCAUGCAGAUCAUCUGCCUGACCAUAGGCCCUGCCUUCAUGAUGGCGGAUAUCUAUUUCUGUUUGUCGAGGAUUGUGCUCAUCUAUGGACCUGAAAAUUUGAGAAUCACACCGCAGAUUUCAUCCCCUGCGACCUCAUCUCCCUCAUCCUCCAAGCCACCGGUGGUGGCAUGGUCUAACGAGAGAAAAUCCACCACAACCGGCAACAACAUCAUGAUCGCGGGCCUAACCUUCCAAGUCGUCAUAACCCUUGGCUUCAUCGCCGCGACCACCGACUUCUUCCUACGCACCAAGCGCUUCCCCGCGCAGCAGUCCCAAACCCACUACCUGAUCCAGCUGCGCCAAUCCACCCUAUUCAAAUGGAGCCUAGCCGCCCUAGCCCUAGCAACGCUGCUGAUCCUCUGGCGGAGCGUGUUCCGUGUCGCCGAGCUGAGCGGCGGCUAGACUGGUCCCUUAAUGCACAAGCAGGAUAUGUUCUAUGGUAUGGAGGGGCUUAUGAUCGUGGUGGCGUGCCUGGUACUUUGCGUUUUCCACCCCAGUUUGGGGUUCAAGGAUAUGAUUGGUGGGAGGCUCAAAAGUAGUGACAUAGGUGUGUAUGCUGAAAAGAGCAUCACCAUGGCCUCGCGGCUCAGGUUGAUUCCCGGACUGAUUAGCAGCUUUUACUUCUGAUACAACUUCUGACAUAAUGGACGGAAGAGUAGACUGCAUGGAAGAUUAGAGAACCCAGAGGCAUGGAAAAUCAUGUAGGACCACGAGGAGACGAUGAUAUGUUAGGUUGACACGGACAGGUGCAUGCAAAUCAUUUGUGGGUCAUCAAGGUUGAUACCGCUCAAUCUCGAUAGACAAGCC